AUGCACGACGAACCGCGUUCAAAAAAGCCGAAACUCGAGCUUUCCGACGCUUCCGAGCCCCUCACGCGGUCCGACGUUAUCGCUUUCCAGAAAGAAGCGCUUUUCCGGAGUUUGAACCAACACCGGACGCGCGAGGCCUGUCUGGUACAGCAGCAGUACGUAUGGCGUGCCCAAGAGGAGAGUCUACGUGCACGGGUGGCCAGCGCGUGUGCCGUGCUGGUGUCGCUCGCAGAGGCUGCGAGACGCGUGUGCGCGGACGAUCGCGACGCAGGCGAGCUGUGUGCGCGUGUUGCCCAGUGGGGCGCCGACGCCGAUGACGCACACGCUCCCGCUACGCAAGAACAGGCGCGUGCGUUUGCGGCGCUCGUAGAACGCCAUCUGGCUGCGCAGGCCGCGGCUUCUGCCGCGGCAGAAGCCGGCGACGACCACUGCGGCAAAUUGCACGAGCUCGAAGCCCUCAAGAUCCGGCUCCAGACGCAAAAUCGCGAUCUGCGUCAGGAACUCGACACCGUGCAGUCUUUCUACCAGGAGCGGCUGCGAAAAUACGACCGUUUCGAGAGCGAGACCGUGAAACGCGUAUUCAAGAACGCAGAGCAGCAAGGACCCGAAAACGAAGCAGAUGCGACAAAGAGCGCGGCGCCCAGCGCGACCCAAGAGGCUAGCAACGGUAGCGGCGACUCCAGCGGCGAACAGCCCAAGAGCGAGACGAACGGAGACACAGUGCCCAAGUUGGAGCACGAGCUGCAUCUUCAGGAGCUGAACUCCCAGAUUGAAAUCCUGAGAAACACCAUUGCCAGCCUGGAGGCGUGGAAGAAAAACAGCGAACAACAAUUGAAAGAGACUCGUGCAGAACUGGCGUUGCAACCGACUGCCGACGCCCUGCAGCAUGGAUCAGACGCGCAAACUGGUCACCUGCUACAAAAACUGGAGCAUCUCACAGCCGAAAACCGGCAGCUGUCAGACCUGAAUGACUCGUAUCUUGCGAAGUUCCAACAACUGGUCAAGGAAAAAGAGAUUUUUACAAACAAGCUUUCGACCGAGUUCCAGACCGCACAGGAUGCGUUAAAGAAACACAAUGCCACUUUGGAGAAAGAUCUGGUCAGGAUACGCGCAGCAAGAGACGAGCUUGUAGGUAAAUUGGCCAUCAUGGAACGCGAGAAAUCCAAAUGUGAGCUUCUGGACAACCUGAAACGGCUCCUAGAUUUACAAAGCGAACAGAUCGACAAAAUGGGGCAUGGAGGUGAAGAACGACCUCAAGAUGCGCUUAGAAAAGAAUUGCAGGAUCUCGAAAAAGCGUUCCGCGAACAAACUACACUUGUCAAUAAGAAAUUCUCAGAGUAUGCCAAUUACGAAUCGGCCCUUUCGAAAUUGAAUGUAGAAAAGACCAAAGCAGACCAAAAAUAUUUUGCCGCGAUGAGGUCUAAGGACUCUAUCCUAAUAGAAAACAAGAAUUUGUCCAAGAACCUCAGCAAAUCGACCGAACUGAUAAUACAGCUAAAAGACGUGGAGAGAACGUUGCAGAUGAAAAUCGAAAACCUCAACAAACAGCUCGAGGUUUUGCAAAGCAACGAAAAACGACUUGUGGACGCAAGCAAAGUCGCAUCUGUAAAAAUAAUGGAUUUGACGUCGGAGAUCAGCAAGGCAAGGCGCGUCACUGAAUCGCUGCGCCAAGACAAGACCCAACUCGUCCAGAAUAUAACGCAUCUCGAGUCGGAAGUUCAUUCUCUCCAGACCGACCGAGACACGCUGCAGAUGAGUCUGUCGAACUCUGAGAGAAGAGCCAAGAAAUUGCAUCAGUCCCUCUUCAACAGCGGCGGCGACACAAGCCUGAUAGCAGAAGAACUGGAAAACUUCAGAACAAUUGUUUACUGCUCGCUCUGCUCAAAAAACUGGAAGGACACCGCUAUCAAGACAUGCGGACACGUUUUCUGUGCCGAGUGUUGCAAAGAAAGACUGGCAGCCCGAAUGCGCAAAUGCCCUACUUGCAAUAAAGGCUUCAGUGCGAACGAUUUAUUGGUGGUACAUUUGUAA